CACUGAACAAGGAAUGACGGCCACCUGCAAGUGUAUAUAAGAUACACAUGAUAUUGAAAUUCUUCAUAUUACCGGAUAUAGUAGAUAUUCUAUAAAGAGUGUAAUUUGCAUUCAUACUAAAUGUAGAUCUUAUCGUUGACUUGUGCCUAGAUCUGUGUCCUGUGUUACUACUAGUACUACACUGUACUAGUGAGACUAUUAUAUAAUAAUAUAAUAGUCUAACACCUAAUGUAAUGAGUCUGGAGUCUAGUGAAGUGUAACCUAAGACUAACGUCUGUGUGGGAUCCUUAGUUGUUAGACGUUUUUCCAUUGAUGAUACUUCGUUUGAGUUAAGAGAGUAAAGUAACAAAAAUCCAAAAACUAAACUGAGGUUCAUAACCAGAAAUAUGGAUAUUAUCAGUUAAGAGAUUCAAAUCUUUCAGAAAAAAGUGAGAAUGGUGUUUACAAAAUUCCAUCAAAAUGGAAUCGAUUCUACAAAUGAUAAGACUGACAAGAAUCCUUAUCAAAAAACACAAUCUGCUAGCAGUGAAACAAAUAAGAAAAAAAUGGGUAUAAAAACAUGUGUACAAAAUUGCUCAUCAUCAAAUCAUUCCUGUGCCAUUAAUAACAGUUCCAAUCACAAAUCAGAACUGAGCAGUGAGGCAUGUGAAGGUCAACUGAAAAUGAAUGUGUCCUCAACAAGUUGUGAUCAGACUGCAAAAAUGAGGGAGAAGUGUGUGUAUACUGAUUCAUUAAAUAGAUCUAAAUCUUUUGGAGAUGAAGUUCAAUCUUGGAUUAUUUCUUUAUUUACUUUUGAUUUGGAGACUAUUUCAAGCAGGCUCAAAAAGAUAAUAAUUACCUCGCUGGAGUCUGUUAUUCCAGAUUGGCUUUCAGAGCCUGAAUUUAUGAUUUUUCCUAAACCACAGGUGGACAAAACUGUGAUUCACAGUCAUGCUGACUCACUGUUUAGUACAAGUAGUGGAUUCACAAACUAUUAUGGUAUCUUAAAUCUUUGCUUUAUUCUUUUGGUUUUGGGUAAUGCCAGAUUGUUUUUGGAAAAUAUCAUUAAGUAUGGCAUUCUUAUAAAUUACAGCUACUUGGCCGAGUGGUUUCUUCGUGAGCCAUACAACUGGCCCAAUUUGUUGUUAACUGUCUCAAUUGUUAUUUUUCCAGCCAUUGCUUUAUGUACAGAGAAAUUACUGGCUAAGGGAAAGAUCAGCAACUCAGUUGGUGUUGUUAUUUAUAUUAUCAAUUUGACAGUGUUGUUGUUGUUCCCUGCUGCUGUCAUCUAUUAUCUUCAUCCUGUCAUUGUCUUUUCCAUCUUCACGUUGGGCAAUGUCACCAUCUGUUUUUUGAAGCUUAUCUCUUAUGCUCAUGUGAAUUACUGGUGCCGAGAAAAUUACGCAAACAAGAGGCUCAAGAGAAGAUCCUCCUCGGGUAACAUUGCAGAUGACCAGUCAGCUAACAAUGCAGUUAAUAAAACACUUCAAAGUUAUCCAGACAAUCUUAAUGUUCGAGAUUUGGCCUAUUUCAUGUUUGCACCAACUUUGUGCUAUGAACUUAAUUUCCCUCGAUCAGCCAGAAUCAGGAAAAGGUUUUUGGCUAAAAGAGUGAUAGAGAUGGUGUUUUUGACUUGGUUGAUGGUGGCCCUGAUGCAACAGUGGAUUGUCCCUGCAGUAAACAAUGCCAGGCAGCCAUUGGAAGAAAUGGAAAUCUUCAAAAUGUUAGAAAGAUUGUUAAAACUUGCAAUUCCCAAUCACUUGAUCUGGCUGAUUUGGUUUUACUGUUUCUUUCAUUCGACACUGAAUGUUGUAGCAGAACUGUUGAGAUUCGGGGACAGAGUUUUUUAUAAGGACUGGUGGAAUGCAGAAACAGUUUCUGAAUUUUGGCAACAUUGGAACAUUCCUGUCCAUCGAUUUGCAGCCAGACAUAUUUAUAAACCAUUAUUGAACAAAGGAUUCUCUCGUUUAAUGGCCUCCACCAUUGUCUUUCUCCUCUCAGCUUUUUUCCAUGAAUAUUUAGUGAGUAUCCCUCUACGAAUGUUUAAAAUCUGGGCUUUCAUGGGCAUGGCUAUGCAGGUUCCCAUUGCUUACAUCACGUCCAAGUUUGUGCGUGGUAAAUGGGGAAACAUAACCAUGUGGUUGUCUUUGAUUCUGGGCCAGCCAGUGGCCAUCUUGGCCUACUUCCAUGACUACUAUGUUGUCCAUUCCCUGCCCCUUCACACCAACAGCACAACGUAGACAACGUGGAUGUUUUAGUAAACCAUAAGUAUUUUGAUUGACAUUCAUAGUAGCUGUAGACAAUGUUUGGCAUCAUCUUUAGCCACUGGAGAAUGGAGAGCUUUAUAAUCAGCAUUUGGAAAUAGCUCCAACAUUAGCUGCUGGAGUAUGUAUAUUAGGACAGUAGGCUAGCUUAUGUAAAAAAAAAAAAAAAAAAAAAAACUCUUAUGAAUUCUAUAUGAUAAUGAUCAAAGCAAAAUAAUUAUUUGUGACCUACACACUGUGUAUACCACAUCUUGGCUUGUAUACAUCUGUAAUAUAUAUAAGCAUCUUGUCAUUUAUUUCUAAUCAUAGUUGCUUAAUUGGCACAAAAAUGCUGUCGUGAAAUUUGAUAAAACAUACUUUAGGCUCUUUCGCCAAGUCUGUGAUUUCUAAAUGAUUUAUUCUUUUCUAUGCUUUAUAUAUUGAAAUAGCCAAAUUUUAUGGUGCCACCUUUUUUUUUUUUAAUGAAUUUUCUUGUGUAGACUUGAUUGUAUGAUUGUUGGAAUGCUCAAGUUAUUGUAAUUUCAUCAUUGUUCAACUGAUUUAUGCUCAUGUUUGACUUAGUGAAGGCAGUUGUUGUUGUUUUAUCUUGAUUGUUUACCAUUAGAAUUCUAUUCCCUUUAAAUUUUUGUAUGGACAUUACAAUUUAUUAUCUGCAGUAUGUUUGUUUUUGUUACAAUCUUUACUGAUGUUUCUACUUCAAGGGCUUGCAAUGCUCAUGUCCUGACUGUUAUACAACACACUUGAAAUAUAAUUCAGUUCACUACUUAAGUGUUCGUCUGUGAUUCUAGAUAACCUUGACCUUACAGUAGUCAUCAUUGCAUAUCUAUCCAGUAGCAAAUGUGUUUUUGUGAUGUAGUUUCUGAGUCACUUGUCAGAGGGGAUGUCAAGAUGGCUGCCUAUCGCCACAAUGGCCCCUAGGUUUGUAACCCAGCCUCAACCAUCCUGUGCCGUCUUACACUUUUGAUCUAGAAAUGUAACAAUCUUCAUUUCUGAAGUAACCUUCGAAAUGUAUAAAACAAGUUUAAUGCGAUAUUUUCACCUCAUUAGGAACUGACAUGAGUUAUAAUGGUCUGUAAUCUGUCUUCAGCAUUUCUAGACAUAGAUAGCUUCGAGUUUUGGGGACAUUUGAAUCUAACACAAUUCAGAAACCCAUUUCUUUUCCUCACCAUAAUAUAAAAGUAUUUUUACCUCAAAAUAAAAACAAAUUGUCUGAUCAGGUCAAUAUUUAUAUGUUUAGAAGUAAUAGAAAUGUAGCCUUAACAUGCCUAUACUAUAAUAUAAAUCAAUUUACAAAAGGGUUUGUGGGGGUCGUGAAAUAAUGCACUCAUGAUUAAUCUUUGGGAUCCAAAAAAAAAAUUACAUUUGCUAAAGAUGUCUCUCAAAAUUUGUUUUAAAAAAGGUCCACAAUAAUAAAAGUUUAUGUAGGAAUCCUAAUGAUGUGAACACCAAUAAUGAAUCAUUUGACUGAGUGAUAAAUGUCUCAAUUAUGUCCAAAUGUGUGCAGCUUUUUUUGAAGACAAGAAUAUCUGUAAAUGCUAAUGUAGACACUAGCAACUGUUCAUAUAUUCCUUCUCUACAUAGAAGGUCAUAGGCUUUGGGUAACUGUUCAUAUAUUCCUUCUCUACAUAGAAGGUCAUAGGCUUUGGGUAACUGGUACGUAAUCUUUGGAAAUUAUUACAGGUAUUUUUCUUAAACAAGGUUUUUCAUUUCAGAUAGAGCUCCUUACAAAUGAUUGUAAUUAUUUUUUUAUAUAUGUACAAUAAUUGUUUUUUUUUUUGUAAAAAUAUAUUUGAACCAAAUGUGUAUUUGAACAACUGUGACUUCAAAGAAUUAAAAUAAAAACAUGAAAUACCAAAAAUGUA